AUGAAAUCCAUCUCCUCAAUGAACCUCGAGGAGCCAAUAUCGAAACGAUCAUCUCGAGACUUCGAAGUAAUCCUAGACUUGAGAAAUCAUGUAGUGAGGAGUGUGCUGCGAGGCGUUCCUUCCCCGAUCCGACUCGUCACGCUCUCUGCGACGUUUCCGAACAGCGAGGAUGUGGCGCAGUGGCUCCACGCCAAGCAUUUCUCGUUCGAUUCGAGCUAUCGUCCCGUUCCCAUCGAGCGCAUCGUGAUCGGGUAUGAGAAUCACAACCAGCGCAAUCCGUUCCUCUUCGAGGUUCGAUCGGUUCGUGGGCUCAAAUGUAGAAAUAUCUCAAUUACAAGUACAACUCCCAUCGCGUGCGUUCUUCGUAGAGUCUUCAACGUUAUUCAGCAAUACUCGCACAACAAACCCGUGAUGGUAUUCUCUUCCACACGCAAAGGCUGCAUGUAUGCUUUGCCUUGCUCGUCGCUGACUACACGCAGCACAAAAUCUUCCUGCCCAUCGAAAUGCAGCAAGAGUGAACCGAUCGUUCCCCUUCUUCCUUCCAGAAUCCUCCAAUACACGCAUCGAAUCCAAGACACCUCGCUCCGCGAAUGGCUCAAAUACGGCAUCGCCAUCCACACAGCAGGACUUUCCCCGCAAGAUCGAAAUCUCGUCGAGACGCUCUUCGAGAAUGGCCUCAUUCAGGUGGUUUGCACGACCUCCACGCUCGCUUUGGGCGUGAAUCUCCCCGUGUAUCUCGUGAUUAUCAAGGGGACCGUGCAGUGGAAAGGCGGAGGUCGCGGGUACGAAGAGAUCGACAAUGCGAUGCUUCAGCAAAUGAUUGGAAGAGCCGGAAGACCGCAGUUUAACGAGAAGGGAGUGGCUGUGAUUCUCACGAGUACCGAUCGAGUGAGCAAAUACCAGAACGAAUCGGAGAUUCUGGGCUGCAUCGAGUCUAAUCUGACCGAGAAUAUCAUCGAGUGUAUCAACAACGAGAUCGUGCUCCGCUCCAUCACCAACCAGAAAACUCUCUUUCAAUGGCUGGCUGGCACUUUCUAUUAUGUCCGAGUGCACAAGAACCCACGACACUACCACAUCGUUCCUAGCCCCAUGCCCCAAUCCAUCCAGCAAACACACGAAUACAUCGACAAGCAGCUCCAAGAGCUUCUGGUCCACUACAUCACGCUUCUCUCCGAGAACGGUUUGCCUCCACGCUGCCUCUCCAUUAGAUCUGCUUCUCAUCGAUUCCCAUCAGACGUAUUGCUCCAAAAUCGGAGGACUGCUCAUGCAGAAGUACUACUUAAAGUUCCACACGGCCCUCGUCAUUCUCAACAUCGCCUCUGUGACCUCCGAAGAGGAGCUUCUCCCACACAUCGCCAAGAGCGCGGUGCGCUUUCUUCUCACGCUAUCAGGCCUAGGAAUUCGAAGAAUACCCCAUCAAACAAGGCCAGAAAACCUUUCUCAACUCCGUCUGGUCCAAACUGGGCAAAUACCACUACAAAGGCAAGGUCAAGGAGACGUACCAGAAAGUCGUGUCUCUCCUCAUGGUUCCUUCCAUUCCUUUUCUCUCUCACUCUUCAGAGCGUUCUCGGCGGAAUUCGAAUCGAAGACAUGUCCAUGAUGUUUGAAUCCGACUCCGUACCCUUCUCUCCACCCUCCUUUCUCCCAGAUCAUCCAGACUUCCACUCGCAUCUGCCGCGCCAUCGUCUUCUACUUCUCCCAGCGCCCUUCCUUCCCCCCCGACGUCCGCGAAGGCGACCUUCUCGUCUGGGUCCUCUCUCUCCUCCGCGCGCUCCAGCAGCGCACCUGGGGCGACGGCAGCCGCGCGCUCCUCCAGCUCGUACGCUUCUGCUAUCUCUCUCCAGCAGGAUGGCGUGGGUCCCACGGCGCUGCACAACCUCAGCCAGCGCGGCAUCCACGAUCUACCCAGCGUGGCCGCCACGCCCACCGCGCUGGUAG